AUGACAACUAGAUUUGCCUAUCUUUUCGGUCGAUCUCGCUUUCUCCCCGGUCUCCACCGUUUCCUAUCUUCUUCACUGUUAUCCCUCGAUCAAACUGCCCCUCGCGCCAAGCUCAUCCCCUAUGCGGACCAAGUAUCUUGCAUGUCUUCCGUUCUGACAAAAUUCGUCACCUACCCUACUGAAGAAUUUCACACACUCAUAGAACCAUUCUUGAAACCGGAUAUCAUCAAGGACUUGCUAGACGUACGAUCACUACAAACUGGCACGAAUUCUGCUCCUCUCCGCCUUGGGGCAAAUUUUGUUCCUCGUUUCUUACUCUACGGGCAGCCCGGUACUGGAAUAUCGGUCAUUUUUUCUCAAGUCGUCCAUUUCGCUGCCACAAAUGAUUGGCUCAUUGUACCAUUUCCAAACGCUGAAACGUGGCUAGAGCGAUGCGAAGAUCUGACACACAGUAACGAACUCCAUCAAGAACAGUAUAAAACCGCAGACGGAGAGUCCUUUGAUUUUCCAAGUCGUUCAGCUAAUUGGCUUCGUGGCUUUCUCAGUCUUAAUAAGGGUUUCUUGGAAAAGUUCAAUCCGACCAUCAUUCGGGACGUCUUGUGGACAAAGGCGGAUGUUGCUAAAUCUGGCACUCCCUGGACCGAGAUAAUCCAGUUCGCGAUUGCUCGACCAAAAUACUCCACAGAUUGCAUCGGCAUCUUGUUGCGUGAGAUGCGCUCCAUGUGUUCCAAACCCGACGGACCACCCUGUUUGUUGGUCGUGGACGGUGUGAACUUUCUGUGGUGCCGCGGGACCCGUAUGAGGGACAAGCUCUUGCACAUAAGAGUCCACGUUGAUCGCUUAGCGAUUGUGCAUCACUUGAGGCGCGCAAUGAAAGGAGAUUGGCGACAUGGAGCUAUACUAACGUCUCUAAACAUUCGAGGUGCCUGGCCCACGGACCGGGAGAAAUACACACCUGGCUACCUUCUUGGAGAGCCCGGCUUCACAUGCAUGGACCCGUUCAUUCCGGUGGAAAUUGGAAAUUACACUGAGGCCGAGUUGAAUGCAUGCCUGCGAUUCUACGCGGAAAACAAUUGGCUCACGAAUCCAGCCGCACACACGCCUGCCGGGCUGGCAGAAAUCGCGUUCCUGGCUGAUCGUAACCCAUUGGAGCUGGACCGCAUCGUUGCGGAAUGGUGA